CGUCGUGGUUAACAGAAAGCCGCUGCUGGUUAGACUUUCCCUAGCAACGUUCCGGGUGUUUAUCGGUGCCCCGAAAUCAUUUCAUCGUAAGUGCGUCCCGGUGCCGGUCGCGGAUUUUACUUUCAGUGACCAUGUCGCAAUCCUCCCUAGGAUCCGGUUCGAUACAGGUGUCGUGCGUGGCCAUCUCGGAGAACAUUGCCGAAAUUUUGCGCCGAAAGGUCCGAAACAGACGGGCUGUUCCGCGUAUUCAACGGCAGCCGCCGCGAACGCCUUCCGCGCUUCCGGUUCCGUUCGACCGGCCGGACAAUGCCGUUCCCAUCCUGGACGAAUCGGUCGAGGGAAUCAAAAAUAAACUCGGCUCCAUAAACACGUGCUUUCCGGAGAACGAAACUCCUGCCUUCGAGGAACUCACCGAAUUUCCCGAUUCCUACCGGCAAUUGAGCUCCAAGGAAAAGCUGACGCUUUUGUUUGCGGAAAACUUCCGGCGCCAGUACCGGGAACGAUUUUCGCACCGGAAGCCGCUUAUUUUGGCGCUGCCCAACGAGUGUGCGGUACAGAAGUUCGUAUGUAGCACCCUGAAACCUUCGAUUUUCAUGUUCCCAGAUCUGAUCGGGUGCUGGCAAUCGAUUGCCUCGUUUGUGGCCGACUAUGUGAUCUACGAGCCGCUGCCGGAUCAAAUCAAUUUGCCCCUCCGGCUCCUGUCCCCGGAUACGGUCCUGAAACGGCGCAAAGCGAACAGCUUCGAGUUGGCCACCCUUCUGUGCAGCUAUCUGAUAGGAAAUGGAUUUGCGGCGUGCGUGGUGUCCGGUUACGCUACGCGGGAGAUCGUCAACAACGACCUGCGCCGGGUUGCCUGUCCCUAUGUGCCGGAUCGUCAAGACCAGGAAAAUACCUCUCAGGAGGUGGUUGAACCGUGCAAAUACCAGCUCAAAGAAAUUCCGGAUCUGCGCAGCCGUUACCUGAUGGAUAUAGAGGAAGAAAAGCUGGCUAAGAUCCAGGAAGAGGAAGACAAAAUUGAAGCCGCCCGAGUUCAGCAACUGCUCGAUAUCGAACGACUGCCGGAGGAUAAAAAACUUGGGCACCGGAUCCAUGCUUGGGUUGUGAUCAUCGAAAACGCUCCUUGGUGUUACAAGGCCGGGUUUCUGGAGACAACCAUAGACCAGACCACUGGCGAAAAAGUUCUCAAACCACCCAGAGCUUUCUUCGUGGAACCGGCAACCGGAUUCCGGUACGAGGUAGACUCUCCCUGUUAUCUGGGAAUCGAAAGUGUCUGGAACCAGCACAAUUACUACGUCAACAAGCAGGAACCGAUCUCCGAUAUCAAAAACCUACGCUGGGACUUCCGGGAUGCCAGAGACUGGGAACAUUUCAUUCCUGGCGAACCGUUCGAAUUGCGGGAAGAAACUAUGCCCGAUGAUCAAGAGCCUUUGGUCACCGAGGAAGAGCUGGAAAAAGAGAAACACCUGGACCUUCCGACGUCCUGGGUUGGUCCACUGUCCAUAUCCAUGUCCGAUUAUGAGGAACGCUUCCCGGGCGGAUCCAAAGUCAUGUAUUUCAAACGCACCAUCUACGAGCGGUUUGCUCCCUACAGUAACAUGGUUGGGCUGAUAACUCGUCUAACAGCUUUCGAGACCCUCGAGUACGAACGGCCUCUAAUACGCUGGGAAUGGUACGCUAAUCGGGAAGACCUCCUAAAACUGAUCGUUCACGACUAUCGUUCCCAGGAAGUGGAGGAGGUCUUUGCCAAAGGACGGGCCGAUUCGUUGCAGUCCUUGAAGCGUAGCGCCAAUGGGGAAAAGGGUUGCAGGUUGUUAUUCUUCCAUCAGUACCGGUUCGAUGCCCUCAAGGAGCUUAUUUAUCACCCAAGCUACGUUAUUGAACAUUAUGAUAAACGCGAUGACUUAUUGUAUUACCGAGAGUUCAAAAACAUUCCUAAAGUAUUGGAAACAUCGGAAGAUGCUAAACUGACGCACAUCACCGAAAAGUUCCACCGAAACGCGGCAAAGCGGGCCGUCAAGGAUAUAGCGACACGCACCUGUUCGUUGCAGCGCAACCGAAUCUUCCUGAAGUUCCACUACGGGGACGACUGUAUCACCGCUUCGACCCGGGAAUUCAUCAAGCCACCGAAAUCGGAAAUGGGCGAAGAGGUUCCGUAUGAUCCCGACUGUACCACCGGUUUCACAUCCAAUCCCUGGGACCCUGAGCUGACCCAUUUGGAGCUUUUUCUGCUGCUAAACGAGCAAAUGAAGGCCGAGGAAGGCUCCAGCAUGGCGUUCUGUCGGCGGGUUGUGGAAAUUGAAACCUUGCUUCGAGACCGGAAGAAGCAAAUCGACUGCCCUAAGCUAUCCUUUAGCCUGUUUGAUCCGCUGCGCAACGAGGAAGCUCGCCGCAUCCGGCUGGAGCGGUUCGAGCAAACUCGGGCCCGGGAAGAGUUGAUCCGGAAGCAGCAGGCCGACUUUUUGGCACCCUAUCUGCUCCGGUUGGACCUGAACAAAUGCUCCCGAAACCAGGUGAUGGAUGCGUACAGCUGCUGCAUGGAAAAUCUGGCCAAAUUCUACCAGAAGAUGGACGACGAAAUGAAGGUGCGCCUCGGGGAGCUGAACUCGGAGGAGUUGUCGCUGAAGCGAUUCCUCGCCAAAUUCCAGGAACACUUCGAAGAGGUAGAGUACGAGAAGUUUAUUUCCGAAGGUGAGAACAUCGAACUGAACAAAAACGUGAUCCAGAUGCGGAUCGACAGUCUUCGGGAGGAGUAUCAGGAGAAAGCGCGGCACCUGGAAAAUGCUCUACACCAGGAUCCUCGUCUGGCAGUUAAGCCGUUAGUGGAAAUUAAACUUGAUGAUUGAAAAUUGUUUUAAAAUAACUUCAGUGCUUUGUGUGAGUUCUAUAUUUUAG